AUGGAUGUUUACGCUCAACACAAAAAGUAUAUAUUACAGCCAUCAUUGAGCGAUCUUGAGGAGAUGUUUCAUGCUGUCGCCGCACUGUACAAUGAUGGGGUUUUCGUUAUUGUUGAUGCGCUGGACGAGUGCCAAAUGAGCGACAAUGUUCGUUCCAAAUUCAUUGAAGCAUUACUGCGCCUUCAGUCGAGGGAAAGUAACGUUAACCUCUUGGCCACAUCCCGCCCUGUACCUGAUAUUGUGGAAGCCUUUUAUGGACACUCCUGCCUUGAGAUCGUAGCCCAAAACAACGACAUCGAGCGGUACAUGCGCAAUCAGAUGUCCAAUUGGCGAGUUAUCUCAAAGUACCCAGACCUCCAAGAUGAGAUCAUUAGUUGUAUUGUCAGUGUUGCAGAUGGCAUACUUAUUUGCAAGAUCAGGUUCCUGCUCGCCCACCUUUUCUUCAAAUCCUUGAAGAAUAAAGUUAGCGCAAAGCGCAUCCGUGAAACACUGAACAAGCUUCGCGAAAACUCUCAAGAAAGAGAGCCAAAGCUUGCCCUAUUGCACCAGGCAUAUAACGACGCAAUGGAUCGAAUCAAUGGGCAACCGGAUGAUCACAAGGAGCUCGCCAACCAUGUGCUAUCCUGGAUCAUCUGCGCAAAACGCCCUCUAAAAACGAUGGAGGUUCAGUAUGCAUGGGCCGUCAGGGAAAGUGAGGACGAGAUUGAUGAAACCGCAAUUCCUGAUGCCGAAGACAUGCUUUCGUUGGUGCCUAUGGGCUCAACAAUGUAG